AUGGCAAUUUUGUCAACUCUAAAAAAUAAAGGCACAUUUAGCAGUUAUUCAUUCAAGUUUUUAUGCGCAUUUUUAAUUUUUAAGAUUCUGUUAUCGUUUCUUUCCGAUAAGUGGAAGAAAAAAAAUAGGAGACGAUAUCGUUCGCAUGAUAAUAAAAUGAAGAGGGUAUCGUGGAGUCAAAUACGUUCCUUACUUAAAAUUUGUACUCCUAGAAUUUUUUCGGUUGAGUCUGGAAUUAUUUUUGCAUUAACUAUUCUCUUAUUUCUCCGAACAAGACUCACUUUAUUGAUAGCUCGAACGAUUGGUCAAAAUGGGCAGCGUCUUGUUGAAAAAAAGAUGAAGGAGUUUAUGUUUGGAGUUGCAGAUUAUGCUCUUUUAGCAAUUCCUGGGACCAUCAUCAAUGUGUCGGUCUUUCAUCUGAAAUCAAUACUCCAGAGGCGAUUCAAAGAAAAUUUACAUAGUGCUUUGGAAAGCGAAUGUUUUCAGGGAAAUAACCUGUAUAAAAUAGCUACACAACGUACUUUGGACAAUCUUGAUCAUAGAAUUCACAAUGAUGCAAGCGUUUUCUGUGAGACAUUAGGCGAUUUAUUUCUUUCAGUUUUACGACCACUAAUAGACGCAGGCAUAUUAUCUUUUAACCUUUCUAAGCUCUGUAGCUUUGAUGCUUUAGUACUCUUGAUAUCUUAUUACUUUUUAGUUGCCACAGUGACAAAUUCGAUAACUGUGGAUUUUGAAAGCUUGAUAGCCCAUAGCCAAGAAAAUGAAGGUAAUUUACGUGCGAAACAUAAUCAGCUUUAUCAGCAUGCAGAGGAAAUUGCAUUCCAUAAUGGUGAGGAACUAGAAUGUGACCAUGCAGAUAAAAUUUUGAAAUCAAUUAUUAAACACGAGAUUCGUAUCAAGGAAGCAAAAUGGUGGACUGGGUUUUUAUAUCUUAUUUUUGCAAAAUAUGGUGCAUCUUGUAUGGGUUAUAUUGUUUCAGGUAUGGUUGUGCUUAACUACAAAGACAAUCUAUCAAAAACAGAACUUACAAGAAUUUAUUUACAAACUGUGCAGCUUUAUAUACCACUAUCGAAGGCCAUUGGACGAUUACUUCUUUUGUAUAAGAAAGUCGCAGCAAUAUGCAGUAGUGCUCACCGUGUGGAGGAAUUGCGUGAAAUGCUACAUAAAAUUUCAUUAUCAAAUGACAUUCGGAAUGUGAACAAUAUUAUUCGUGAUGAUAAAAUAAAUGAAAUUGAUUUGAAGGACGUCGACAUCGUUUCUCCAAAUGGAGCACUUUUAGUUAAAAAUUUGAGCCUAAAUAUUGUUCCUGGUAGACAUGUUUUAAUUAUGGGUUGUAAUGGAUCAGGAAAAUCUGCCAUAAUACGAGUUAUAGGUGAAUUAUGGUCACUACAAAGUGGCAUUAUUAAAAGACCUGCGGCGGAAAAUAUUUUUUUAUUACCUCAAAGAGCUUAUUUACCACCAGGAACGCUUCGAGCACAAAUGGUGUACCCAUUUACAGAGGAUAAAGCGCAUGCAAAUAAUAUAACGGAUAGUGAAAUAAUGCGUUGUACAACUUCUUUAGGACUAACACAAAUUGUUCAGAGAGAAGGUGGUCUCAAUGCUGUUAAAGAUUGGCAUAAAGUUCUUUCCGGGGGUGAAAGACAACGAGUUGCACUAGUGCGUGUUCUUAUUCAUUGUCCAAUUUUUGCCUUUUUAGAUGAGUGCACGUCUGCGAUCCCUCAAUCUGAUGAAGUCAAUCUUUAUAGUGAACUUCAAAAAGCAGGUGUGACGCUUAUCACCAUUUCCCAUCACGAAGCCUUAAAGUCUUUACACAAUGUUUUGCUCAACUUAGAUGGAAGUGGUACUUACACCAUUGUCAAUUUAUCUUGA